AUGAAGUUCUCCACUGCUGCCAUUCUAAGCCUCGCCACCGGCGCCAUUGCCAUGCCAUGGUCUACCCAGCCUCGAAACUCUCAUAGCGAGAUCACCCUUCGAGUCAAGGUCGGCGAGUCGCCUACGAAGGGCAGGCUGGCCAAGACUGAUAUUUGCUGGCUUCUUUGCGCCUCGGAUGAGAUUCAAUGUCCUGAGGGAUGGUAUGCCAGCCAGCAGGGUGAAUGCUGGACUUGCUGCCGAGGCUCCGAGGACCUUGGGCUGUGA